UAUAUCAUCCUAGACGUUUAUCAUAAUAAAUACCUUUCCUUUCUUAGUCCGAAGAUGAAUCUGGUCUUACGUCUUGUGGUGUUAACAAUAGGUACCUGCUUGAAGAUAGCAGGAUGUAUUCUGCUGCUGAUCCUUGAGAUGGUUAUGUGUGACAGGGAACAGAGACGGCAGGAUACGGCAGGUCCAGGCGAGGACACUGGUGAUGGAGACACAACCCUCUCGGUAGUGAAGGAGGUGCACGAGGACAAUGGUGAUGGAGACACAACCCUCUCGGUAGUGAAGGAGGUGCACGAGGACAAUGGUGAUGGAGACACAACCCUCUCGGUAGUGAAGGAGGUGCACGAGGACAAUGGUGAUGGAGACACAACCCUCUCGGUAGUGAAGGAGGUGCACGAGGACAAUGGUGAUGGAGACACAACCCUCUCGGUAGUGAAGGAGGUGCACGAGGACAAUGGUGAUGGAGACACAACCCUCUCGGUAGUGAAGGAGGUGCACGAGGACAAUGGUGAUGGAGACACAACCCUCUCGGUAGUGAAGGAGGUGCACGAGGACAAUGGUGAUGAAGACACAACCCUCUCGGUAGUGAAGGAGGUGCACGAGGACAAUGGUGAUGGAGACAUAACCCUCUCGGUAGUGAAGGAGGUGCACGAGGACAAUGGUGAUGGAGACACAACCCUCUCGGUAGUGAAGGAGGUGCACGAGGACAAUGGUGAUGGAGACACAACCCUCUCGGUAGUGAAGGAGGUGCACGAGGACAAUGGUGAUGGAGACAACACUCUCGGUAGUGAAGGAGGUGCACGAGGACAAUGGUGAUGGAGACACAACCCUCUCGGUAGUGAAGGAGGUGCACGAGGACAAUGGUGAUGGAUUAAUAGAUGAUAAUCAACAGGAAAAAACACAAAGCCGUUACGAAGACAUAGCUAAAUUAAUUAAGAGCAAGAAAGCCGCCAAAAAGAAAGCCAAAAGAACAAAUUAUGGGAGAUUUAGAUAUUUUUUGGCUGAAGAAAAUGGCGGACUUGAGUCCCACUUCACACAGGAGGAAA